CGCUCUUCAACUUUGACGACAUCAGUACCGCCCCCUUGAACGGGAAUUCUGUAAUAUGAUUAGGUGGAGUAGAAAGACAGGCGGGAGACCCGUCCAAUCAACAAGGACAACCCGCCUCCCGUCUGACCGCGCCAGUUACAGAGCGUACUCUAAUUAGCUUUACAGGAAACGGGAGGAGUUACGUUUGAAUGCUGGCGGUAAGCAAGAUGGCUGUGCGGCGGCAGCUACAGCGGCUUUUCCAGGAGCCUCAAGUGGGUGGUGCAAUCACGGUGGAGCGACCAGAAACUGGGAACUGCCGCCAGAAGGAGCAGGACGCAAAAGUGUUGGCGAAGCAAGGAGACCAAGUCCCGGGGCUGCGGGGCUUCCGGCUGGAAAACUGUGUGGUCUUCCAGUGCUGGAAGUGCCGUGCAGUGUUGGGAGACUCGCUCCAUCUCUGCGCCCAGGAGGAGAAGCUCCGCCUUCUGGUUUGUUUCAAAGUCACAAAUAAUGUUGUUGUAGAAGAUUCUUUGAUGUUCUGUGUUGAAGGAGAUCUCACUGGAUGCACCUAUAACACAUUGUACUGCCGGUCAUGUGAGAAGGGCAUAGGCUUCCGACUCUAUUGUUCAACUUCACUGACUCACCUGCGAGGCUUCUUCUGUCUUUUUAAGGACAGCAUCAUUUGUUACUUGUUAAAAACGAAAACCACAGUUGACGCUUCAAAGAUGGCUUUUCCUCCUGUGAGUCUGAAGGAUCAUGUACAAAAGAUUACCACUGAUUCUUUAAGCACAAGAUGAGCUAUGUGGGAAUAGUAGCAUAAUUCCAGAAAACAGCUGGUGUGUUCUAGAGCAAAAACCAUGGCAACUAGUAGAAGCUGGUUACCAGGAACAUUUGCAGUGAAUUAAACUACUGAAGCUGCCACUAUGCUGCCAAAGCAGGUGAGUAAAGGGGGGGAAAUUGGGUGGGUGGGGAUGUGCCCAAAUCAGUUUGGCAAUCCUUUUCUGGACUGCCGGACUGGUUCGGAGGUCCAGUGUUCAGCAGUUGGGAGUGGGGUUACCUUUUAAGGGACCGGGAGUGUGCUCUUCCCCCCCCUCCCAUUUUCCCCGCCAAAAUCACUGCCUCAGGGCACCAUCUGGGCAGCAUCAAAUCAGAAGUGCCCGAUGCGUGUGCACACGUGUCAAGCACUUCCGGUUUGACCCUGACAGGGGUAGGUCAGCAUCAAACUGGCAGGGGUUACUGGCAUCUGUUUAAGACUUCUCACAUGAUUUUGUGGCUCCCAUUCUGCUUGGGGCAUAUCAGAACAGGUCCUGCUGCUGCAUUCACGUAAAUCAGUGGCUCCCAAUCUAGGAGCCUCCAGAUGUUGCUGAACUACAACUCCCGUCAUCUCCCAAUUACAACUCCCAACUAUAAUUUAUUGUGGCUAGGGCUGAUGGGAGUUGUAGUUCAGCAACAUCUGGAGGCCCCCAGGUUGGGAACCACUGCUCUAAAUCAUGCAAAACUUCCCAAACAUGGUUUAAGAUUUGAAAGACAGCUCAGUACUGGCUUUCAUCCCUUGCAGACAGGUUAAAACAGCAGGUGUGUGUGCAUAUUGGCUCACUGUGAUGUCUAUGGGAAAACCAAAAACCCUGUACCAUCAACGCUGUCAAUCAGCUCAACGAAGAAGGGUUCUUAGAGCUAUUCUUGCUGAAUGGGAGUGGUAGCUUUCUGGCUUUGAGCUAGUCAGUUACUAGGAGAUGUUAUGAAGGAUGGCUCAUCUGUUUUAAUUAUUUCCCCAAUCCUUGUUAGGCUCUCCUUACUCUAAGAACCAUGGCGAUGCUCACGUAACAAACUAGUUUUGACUGUGUGAUUACUGUCCAGUUAACACUCACCUGAAGAG